UGAAGCCGGGGGGUCCGGCGAGUCACUGGUGUCACUGCUGUGGCCGCACGCGAACGAUAGUCUCGGUGCGGUCGUGAGAGCGAUCGCUUCGACGGCCGCCGCGGUCACCGUGAGCGAGGCGAACGAGGCCGCGACCGAGGCCGGCAACCUGACCGACCUGUACGGCCCGAAGCGGGACCCGCUGUACGUGGUGAUCCCGAUCACGAUCGUGUACGCGCUGAUCUUCGUCACGGGCGUGGUGGGCAACAUCAGCACGUGCGUGGUGAUCGCCAAGAACAAGUCCAUGCACACCGCCACCAACUACUACCUGUUCAGUCUGGCCGUGUCGGACUUCCUGCUGCUCGUGUCGGGCGUCCCGCAGGAGAUCUACUUCAUCUGGAGCAAGUACCCGUACGUGUUCGGCGAGGCGUUCUGCGUGCUGCGCGGCAUCGCCGCCGAGACGUCGGCCAACGCGACCGUGCUCACGAUCACGGCCUUCACCGUCGAGCGGUACGUCGCGAUCUGCCACCCGUUCCUGUCGCACACCAUGUCCAAGCUAUCGCGCGCCAUCCGCUUCAUCUUCGUCAUCUGGCUGAUCGCGAUCGUGUCGGCGGUCCCGCAGGCCCUCCAGUUCGGGGUCACCAGUCAGGGCGGCAUCGACCAGUGCGUGGUCAAGCGCAUCAUCAUCCAGCACUCCUUCGAGCUGUCCACGUUCCUGUUCUUCUUCGCCCCGAUGACGCUCAUCACGGUGCUGUACGCGCUGAUCGGUCUCAAGCUGCGCACGUCCACGCUGAUGCAGCGCGACGGCACGCUUCAGCGGUGCACCAACGUCGGGUCGAUCUCGCGCCAGACCUCGGCCAACAGCCAGAGCACGCGGCGUGUCCUGAAAAUGCUAGUGGCCGUGGUUGUGGCGUUCUUUCUCUGCUGGGCCCCGUUCCACGCCCAGCGGCUCGUCUACAUCUACGGCGUCGACAAGGACCACCAGCCGUCCGACCCGCUGAUCCUGAAGCUGUUCGUCGUGACCACCUACAUCUCCGGUAUCCUGUACUACCUGUCGACCUGCAUCAACCCACUGCUGUACAACAUCAUGAGCAACAAGUUCCGGCAGGCGUUCAAGGAGACGCUGGCCCACUGCUGUCAAAUUGCGCGUCAAUCAAAUAGUAAGGAGCGAUCAUACCGACUGCUGUCCCGACGGAAGCGACGUUCCGCUGCAAACCAGGAAUCUUCCGAUAUCUCAGGCAACUCCAUCAAAGACGAGAGCCUGUACUCGUCCUCUACUCAAAAGCAGUCCUUUGACUCCGUAACGCUGUCCCGGGACCACUCGCUCAAGUGCACGGCACUGGCGGCGGGAGCCCUCACGUCCGUCCCGGAGCCAACGCUGCCUCGGCCCGCCAGCCGAAGAAGCUCAACCAACAUUUCUCGGUUAGCAAUUCGCCUUUCGAAAAUCUCCAACCACGUUACCAAGCGUAGCCAGAUGUAA